AUGUCCGACACUCAGAGUCUACAGCAGCAACUAGAGCGCGAGAUCAACUUUCGCAUGAGCCACGAGCCGUUCCCGCGCCCCAUUCGGAUUGACCCGUACUACUACUACACCACAAUUGGGCAAAGAGGACAGCUGAUGCACAUGCGCAAGCCCGUGGACACCCCGUUUGCAGAGGGUCAAGUCGUAUUGGAUACGGCUCAAUUUACAGAUUUGACCAAAAGCAACUGUCUGCCGGGGCGUCUGCUCAUCUGCGAGAAUCACCGACGCUUUGGCGUCAUGGCCGAGCAUCCGCAGCUCGAGACGUGUGACUUGUACAUUUUUGACCUGGAGCCACCAUCUCCUGCGGCACCGACCAAUACCACCACCAAGUCGACGCUUGAGGGAUUUUUCGGGGUUGCCAACGAGGAAAAGCUGCAUUUGGUGGCCAAGGUCCCCAAUAUCGUCAAUGCCGAAUUCAAUGCGGACGCAACAGCCGUCCUCUAUACCCAACACGAUGAGCGCUUUCGGCCCUAUGUGCUGCGCCAGCGCAAUCUGCCGGCUUUGGACGCGCCCGCACAUAGUAUCGUAGGUCGCGUCGUUGAAGAUGCCCUGCUUCUGACUGAGAACGACGAUCGUAACUUCGUCGAUAUUGGCAAGACCAAGGACAACAAAUUUUUUACCAUCAACGUCAACAAUAAGCGGGCAUCCAAAGUCUCACUGCUGCCCACCAGAAGCGGGGCUUCAUUCGAUGAACUGGCAGAGGUUACGCCUCCGGGCCCAUGCCACUACUUUGUUGAACAUGCGCAUGGCCAGCUGUACAUUAUCACGGAUUGGCAAGCACCCAAUUAUUGCGUGAUGACCACCCAGGGCCCUGCUGAGCCCUGGCUUCCUUUUGUGGAGCACAAUCCACGCAUUAAGAUCGAUGACGCCGAAAUAUUUUCAUCCUGCCUUGUCUUGUAUGAGAGUACCGAGGCAUCACCUCAAAUUUCCAUCGUCAGUUUGCAAGAUGGCUCGCGCCGGACGAAGACUUUGCCAGAGCCGUUUCAUCUUGGUAACCUCGAACCUACCAUCAAUGCGGUAUUUGCCUCCAAAAACCUCAAUUUCAAUACCAGCGACCCGCUCCACCAGCGCAUUGAUUGGCAGCUGAACCUAGCGACGUGUGAGCUCAAUCAACUGGAGCAGCAUGACACACAAGAUGUUGCUGGCUUUGUGGCGUCUCAGUAUGAGGUGACGCGCCUGUGGGCGCCAACGUCUGAUAACUUGAGUGUCCCCAUAACCAUUGUGGGACGCCGAGAUCAACCCCUGUCACAACCGGCCCCAACAUUGGCGCUCGUCUAUGGAGCAUACGGCCACAACCUCGAACGCCGGUACAACCCCACGUGGGUCAGCUUGCUCCAGCGUGGCUUCCGUUUGGCUUAUUGCCACGUGCGAGGAGGAGGAGAACUUGGCACUGCCUGGCACGAAGGCGGGAUGGGCCUACACAAACGAAAUACGUUUUUAGAUCUCGAGGCCUGUUUGUCCUACCUCGUGAAUGAGGGCAUCACAACAACCGAACAGUUGGCGCUGCGUGGUGCCAGUGCCGGUGGCCUGGCUGCUGCGCAUAUUGUCGUGCGUCGGCCCGAUAUGAUUAGGGCCUGUGUCUUGUCCGUCCCCUUUGUGGACGUUUUGACAACCAUGUUGGACAGCACCUUGCCAUUGACCCGGCACGAGUAUGAUGAAUGGGGCAACCCUGAACUGGAUCGCGAGGCAUUUGCAAACAUCCGUGGCUACUGUCCCUACCACAACAUCGCGGAUGGUCAUUUCCCAAGCUGCUACAUUGUGGGUUGCCUUCACGACUCGCGAGUCAAAUACUGGCAGCCCGCCAAAUUUGCAGCCAAGGUGCGUUGUUUCGUGCAUGUGCCCGUCAUUUGA